AAGGGGCGGAGUCGAGGAAGGUUUCUCGUUAUGUUUUUAACGUCACGCGGAAAGACACUUCCGCAUUCCAUGCUCUACUAUUUAAGCUCGCUGAUGCAACUCGAGCCGAGAGUUUUAUGAGCAGGAAGGAGACUGGAGCUGGUUAUAAACACAGGACAAGAGUGAUGAUGCCGACUCUGACUCCAUUCGUGGGUUUUCCCGCCUCCACACUGAGUGAGCAGCUAAAACUGGCUGAGAUCUUCAGUCUGCAGGCUGCCAUGACCCCCAGUGAGCUCACACUCACGGGCAAGAGACCACACAGCCUUCUCCAGGGCGAGAUGGCUGAUGAGGAAGAGAGGAGAAAAAGGAGGAGAGAGAAGAAUAAAGUUGCAGCGGCACGUUGUCGCAGCAAAAAGAAGGAGAGAACCGACUUCCUUCAGCAAGAAUCUGAUCGGUUGGAGGUCGUAAACACCGUGCUGAAGUCUCAAAUUGAGGAACUGAAGCAGGAACGUCAGCGUCUCAUCCACAUGCUGAACCUUCACCGUCCGACCUGCAUCGUCCGCAGAGACAGCAUCCAGACCCCUGAGAGUGAGAAGAACCUGCUGCUGGAUCAGAUCUCGCCAUCGUGAGACGUUCCAGAGACCCUCAAAUCAGAUCACGUCCUGUGUUUGUGGAAGUUCAAUAGACUAUAUGCUCACUUUCAUCUUAAAGAAUGGAAAGAUGGGUUUGAGAUGGACAUGAGGACAUCGUUUGUUUUUUGUUUUUUUUUUGUUUGUUUUUAAAAAACCUCAAACCAAGAUACCAAAAAAGACCACUUCCUGUUUGUGAGACGAGACUCGGACCAAGUCGCUCACUUUUUUCCCUCAACUGCCUAUGUAAGAAACAAACUGUUCUAUAACACACUCAGAUUUUAUUUAUUUUCGGAGAAGUUGAGAAACCAGAAGUCUCACUUGUUGUCUCGCUGAGUCAGACACGAGACCGAGAGAAGUGCUUAAAACACAAUUGCUUUCCCUUUCAAAGCAGACCUACUUCCUGUGGAUUACAGAGACCACACUCGCAUGCAGGGACGUGUGACGUACUCUAUUUCUGUUGCAGUGACAUGAUGGAUUUUUUUUUUGGUGCAUUGACUUCCUGUUUGUAUCCUUGCGAACAGGAAGCCACAGAAGAUGCAGCAUGUUGCAUUUAUACAGUAUAUUGCGAUCAUGGACAUUUCAGAUAAUCACUACUUCCAUUAGAGAUCAUAACAGAAUGACUGACUUAAUGGUGACUCCUCCUAAUGACGGGGUUUUAUUACUCUGGUACUAUUUAGCAUGUUUGUGCUAAAAAGCUAGCUAUUUUGCAUGCUAAUCAGAAUAUAUGUGGUUUAACUCGCCAAAUCCCACAAUUGUGCAAUUGUUAACAUUAGCAUCGUAGCACGAUGUCUGGACUCUGACGUAACUCGUGGAUGAACUGAUGACGUUUGGAGAAAUGACCAAGUCACAUGACGAUAUUAAUGUACGAAACUCCCGACAGCCACCAGAUGGCGCUGUUGAUAAUCUGUUGAAUCUUUUGACUUUGAAAAUGAACAAGGUUAAAGUCAGAGUUUAAUAUUUUCAGGAUUUGUCAUGUGUUUAAAAGUUUAAACACCAUCAGGUUUCAUAUAAACAAAACUAAAGUAUUUAUAUAAGACUUAAAACUUUAUAACUUUUAUUAUUAUGAAGAUAAGUAACUCUAUCGCCCCUAGUGCCAUACAACAGUGUCAGGGCUCAGUCUGUCUGAUGUUUGUAAUAAAUGGAUAUUACAUUUGUAAGUUUUUACAUGGUGUAUUUGGUUGUAUCAAAUGCUACAUGAGACUUUUUACAGUCAAUUGUGAAGAAUUUCCUGUAAUAUAUAUUACUUUUUUUAAUAUGUUGUCCUGAGAUCUGCUGUGCGGAGUCUCUGAUAUGUCUGUUGAUAAUAAUGCCUUUUGUUAUGUUUUGGGAAUAAAUUAAAUGAAAAUUUAGAAACAUG